AUGAAGAGCGAAGAUUGGAAAGGCGGCGCGCGGACGACCACACAGCUCGACUAUUGGUCUGAAGGGCGGUACUGCUAUCGUCGGGAGUCUGACGGGUUCGUACAAUGGGAAUACCCAGCCACCACACACACCGACAUGGAUAUUUGCACUACACCACCGCACCCGGGGAUAGAAACCAAGGACGAAGUCCAACCCGCUGUAGCUGCGUGUGUUAGCGCGGCGGCCCCCCCCUCCCCGCCGGCCUUCCCGAGCGGCGCGUGGCGCGCGCGCACGCCGCCGCCGCCCGCCUGGGCCGACCCGCCGCCGCCCGGCUGCGACGACCUGCCGCCACCGCUGCCGCCUUCGCAGGAAGAUAUAGGCGACGCGUUGGCUUCCUUCUACAGCGAUAUCGCUGAACUAGAAAAGGUUGAAAAGAUACCAUCGGCCCCGCAGACCCGAUCCGCCUCGCCCGAAACGGUGCAACAGAAAGAAAGACAUAAGGAAAGUAAUAGAGAAAGAGAACGGGAUAAAGAUACGAAAGUGAGCAAGAAAAAGACGAAGGUAAAAAUUUCUGCGUCAGUUGGAUUGAAACACAAAUCAGUAUCAAGUAUGGUGGCUAAAUGGCAACAAGUCGCGGAAGAAAUUAAUUCUGAUUGA